AUGUUACGUGCAGAAAGCUACAAUAAUUUACCAAGUGUUGAAGAAUCGGAUAAAGAAUUAACAAAGAGACAGAAUUUUGACGAAUUUUUGAAAAGUCUUUGCUUUAACGCUAGAGAACUCCCCGUUGCUAGUAUAUCGAGUUUCGAAGCUGAUUAUUUGGAUCAUUCAGUAGCAAGGAUGCUCGAUCCUACUG